AUGUUCGGUCGUCGCCACCACCAAACCACCACUACGGCCCCUUCCCGCCGCCACCGUACUCACCGUACCCACCACACCACGACCACUACCACGGCGCCCCGUCGCGGUCUCUUCAGCCGCCGUCAGCCCGUCGUUCACCAGAAGCGUCAUGCCACCAUGGGAGACAAAAUCAGCGGCGCUUUCCUCAAGCUCAAGGGCUCUCUGACUCGCAGGCCGGGACAGAAGGCUGCUGGUACUCGACGUAUGCGCGGAACGGAUGGUCGUGGCAGCCGCAGGAGCUACCGUUACUAA